AUGUCGCUAUCCAUCCCUGGGCCCUCUCAGCAGGGCCUCUUCAAGCAGGGGUACCAAACCCACGACUCUGAGGAUGGAGCUGUUAUCCGCAACAUCGAGGCCUGCCAGGCCAUCUCCGGCACCGUUCAGACUUCCCUGGGCCCCUACGGCCGCAACAAGAUCGUCAUCAACCACCUGCAGAAGAUGAUUCUGACCUCCGACGCCGCGACCAUUCUCCGUGAAUUGGAUGUUGUGCACCCCGCUGCUAAGCUGCUGGUUAUGGCCAGUCAGCAACAGGAUGCUGAGAUGGGCGAUGGCACAAACCUGGUCAUCGUUCUGGCUGGAGAGCUGCUGAAGAAGGCGGAGGAGCUUAUUCGUUUGGGAUUGAAGACCAGUGAUAUUACCUCAGGCUACGAGAAGGCACAGAACUUCGCUCUGAAGACCCUAGAGGAUCUCGAGGUUGACCGACUCAAGGAGAUGCGUUCCACUACCGAGCUCAGCAAGGCCCUUCGGACGGUUAUUGCUAGCAAGCAGUCUGGCGUUGAGGAUACUUUGGCGGAACUGGUCGCGGAGGCUGUCCUUGCCGUGCUUCCCAAGAACCCCCUCAACUUCAACGUGGACAAUGUGCGUGUCGUCAAGAUUAUGGGUGGUAGCUUGGAGCAAUCCAAGGUGGUGAAGGGUAUGGUCUUCGGACGUGAGCCGGAUGGAAUUGUCAAGCAGGCUCGCAAGGCCAAGGUCGGCGUGUUCAGCUGCCCAAUUGAUAUCUCGCAGACCGAGACCAAGGGUACCGUUCUGCUGAAGACCGCCCAGGAGAUGGUGGACUUCACCAAGGACGAGGAGUUGCGCCUGGAGGCCGCUAUCAAGGAGCUUUAUGAUUCCGGUCUCCGCGUUCUCGUUGCUGGUUCUACCGUCGGCGACCUGGCCAUGCACUACCUCAACCGCUUUAACAUCCUGGUUAUCAAGAUUCUCUCCAAGUUCGAACUCCGCCGUCUGUGCCGCGUUGUCGGCGCUACCCCCCUGGCCCGUCUCGGCGCCCCCAUGCCCGAUGAGAUGGGUACCAUUGACGUUGUCGAGACCACCGAGAUCGGUGGUGACCGUGUCACCGUUUUCCGUCAAGAAGAUGCCAACUCCGCCACCCGCACAUCCACAAUCGUCCUGCGCGGUGCCACCCAGAACCACCUGGACGAUGUCGAGCGUGCCAUCGAUGACGGCGUGAACGUCGUCAAGGCCAUCACCAAGGACCCCCGUCUCGUCCCCGGUGCCGGCGCCACCGAGAUCCAGCUCGUCGAGCGAAUCUCCGCCUUCGCUGACAAGACCCCCGGUCUGCCCCAGCACGCCAUUCGCAAGUUCGCCGAGGCCUUCGAGGUCGUUCCCCGUACCCUCGCCGAGUCCGCCGGUCUCGAUGCCACCGAGGUUCUCUCCCGUCUGUACACCGCACACCACCGCACCAACACGGAUGCCCAGUCCGGAGGUGAAGAGGAGGGUAGCUCAUCCGAGGAGGAGGAGCCCUACUGGACUACCGGUGUGGACCUGGAGGUCGGAUCCGGCGGUGAUGGUACCCUCGAUACUGUUGACGAGGGUAUCCUCGACUUGAUGGCUUCCAAGAGCUGGGCUAUUCGCCUUGCCAGUGAGGCUGCUCGCACUGUUCUCAGCGUCGAUCAGAUCAUCGUUGCUAGACAGGCUGGUGGGCCGAAACCCCCAGGCCCCAACCCUAACUGGGAUGAGGAUUAA